GGGCCAUGCAAACGUCACAACUCAGUUCAGUCAGUUGUGUUGUUUGUAGGCCUAAGUGCAAGACGUGUCUUUGGUUGGGCGCGCUCGGCGGCAGGGUGGACGAGUUUUUAGUAUCGCGUAGUUUAUAUACAGACCGGAGAAACGAACUGGGUACGAAACUUUGUCAAUUGAACUCUACGAAACCUAAUGGAAACAGACGCUUUCAUUCACAACUAAACAAGGAAUGAUGGUCAAUGAUGUCAAAAUCAGAAAGUGGAGAGUUUGCACCAAAAGCGGAAGUAGAAGACUUCACCCUUCCACCAUGUCCCGGAGAAGAGGCCAAUGUGGGGGUAUCAGUUCCCAGCGUUUCUGGAGUGUCUGCAGAAGUGGGCUCUGCUCCAAGAAGCAGUGGCUCAGCACCUCUCUCAGCAGGCAGCGUUGGGAGAGCUGGAAGGGGACACAUGCGAAGUGCCAGCCAUGGAGGUGUUGCUGCCUCUGGGAUGACGAGUUCUGGAUCCACAGGACUCGUUAGCAGACCAUCUGCACUCAAGUCAAGUCGGGGGCACCAGCGAGCAUUUUCUCAGGGGCAAAUAGAAGGCACCAGUGAGUCUGCUGGAUUCCAGCGGGGUCACAGCCGUGUUGGAUCAAGAACAGACUUUAUUCUUCCUCCUGGACACAGAGACACUGAAGCCAAUGAUGCUGGAAGUCGUGCUGCUGGCACCAGUGCUCCUAAAACUGGCCGUGGUCAUUCCAGGCAAGCCUCUAGAUCAGAGUCAAUAUACACCCUCCGCAAUAAUGUGGGUGUUCCCUUACAGAGAAGAAUGCUCAAUUUUAUUUUACGGCGCUCUGAUAAAGGUGACUUUGACCGCCCUUCAUAUAGAACUAUUGUACCAAACCAUUUGGUUCCCCCAAAGACCCCAGCCAAACUUCAUCCGAAUGGAAAGACAGUGAACAACAGAAUAAGGACUACUAAAUAUACUGUGUUGUCUUUUCUUCCAAAGAAUUUGUUGGAGCAGUUCCACCGUGUAGCAAACUUGUACUUUAUAUUCAUCAUUUUACUUAACUGGUUUCCUGACAUUAAUGCUUUUGGGAAAGAAAUUGCUAUGAUUCCUGUGAUGUUUGUGCUUGGAGUGACUGCCAUCAAAGACUUAUUUGAAGAUAGAAGAAGGAAAGCUAGUGACAAGAGGAUUAACAACUCAACAUGCCGUGUAUAUGUGAGCGAUGCGGGCCGGUACAAGCGGCUGCUGUGGCGGGACGUGCGCGUCGGCGACCUGGUGCACCUGUCCAACAACGAGGUGAUCCCCGCCGACAUCCUGCUGCUGCGCUCCUCGGACCCCAACGGGCUCUGCUACAUCGACACCUGCAACCUGGACGGCGAGACUAACCUCAAGCCGCGUCAGGUGGUCCGUGGGUUUACCGACAAGCACCGCACGUUCGAGCCACGCCUGUUCCGUAGUAAGGUGGAGGUAGACCCACCCACCACCAAGAUGUACCGCUUCCACGGCACCGUCGUGCACCCAACCGGCGCCACCGUCCCCGUCGGCACUGAGAACCUCCUCCUCCGCGAGUGCCUGCUCAAGAACACCGACUUUGUGGAGGGCAUCGUCGUUUACGCAGGUCACGAGUCCAAAGCGAUGUUAAACAAUGGUGGCCCAAGAUACAAACGAUCAAAACUUGAGCGGCAAAUGAACACAGACAUUAUCUGGUGUGUUGUUAUUCUGCUUGUUCUUUGUGUGGUGGGCGCAGUGGGGUGCAGGUUCUGGCUACAAUACUAUGAAGAAGCCUCUCAGCUCGGCGAGAGCAUACCAUUCAUUCCAAAUUUAAGUGUAAGAUCUCCUGCAACUGAGGGAUUUCUCGCAUUUUGGACUUUUAUCAUCAUCCUUCAGAUAAUGAUUCCUUUAUCAUUGUAUGUUAGCAUAGAAAUGACAAAACUUGCUCAAGUGUAUCAUAUUCACCACAACAAGGACUUGUAUGAUCCCCUGACUGACAAACGUAUUGAAUGUAGAGCUCUCAAUAUCACUGAAGAGCUUGGACAGGUACAAUACAUUUUUUCUGACAAAACAGGAACUCUGACAGAAAAUAAAAUGUUAUUUAGAAGAUGUGCAAUUGGAGGAGUAGAUUACAAUCAUCCUCCACCUGAAAAUAUAGAAACCCUAAGACUAAGGCCUGGUGUGCCAAUACCAGUGACUGUUAAUCCUGUUCUCCAAGAAGAAUUAGCUCAAUUAAAUAUGCCAUUCAAGUCGAAAGAUAUAAGUGGACUUGGACAAACUUCAGGUUUUGAACUUACCUCUCCACUAAAAGCAAGUGAUAGCGCCAAAGAUGCUGGUGGAGCAGCUAGUGCAGCUAUUGUUGGGCGUUCAGCUCACUCACAAAAGCUGCAGGAAUUUCUCCUUGUUUUAGCCAUAUGUAACACUGUUGUUGUUGCAAGACAUCCACAUCAUGAUAUGAUGAAUGAUAGUGGGGUCAUAGAAUCGAACCCUGUGCCAAAUUUAUUUGAUCCAAAUAAUUCAAUAUCAGUAGAGCCUAUUAAAGAGGAAACAACUCCAACAACAUCUAAGCAUCCUCAAAGCGCUGGAGCUAGAGCAGGAAACUCAAGUAGUAAUGUUAAUGUUCCUUCUAAUGGUGCAAAGUUUCUUUUCCAUUCUCAAGAAAACAUUUCUCCAUCUGAUUCUUCUAACCCUAAUGUUACGCCCUCAACAAUAUGUGGGGAUAAGUAUACAAGACUAACAGAAUCUCGGUCUGUGACACCAUCUCCUCCCCCUUCAUCUGCUCUCCCAACAUCAAGUACACCUCAACCAAUUCCAUCAAAAAGUGCACUUAAUCAAAUGAGAGCUGCCUCUGUACCAACACCUGUAGACUCCUCUACAGUUAUUGGAUUUUCAAGUUUAGAAAACACGUCUUUAUCAGUACCUACCUCAUCUCAAGUACAACCUAGCCCACCACUUUCGAGAAAGAAGAGGUCUGCUCUAAGACCUCGAUUGUUGAAUGUACCACCAUUUAUUUCCUUAGGCAAUCGACGGGGCAGUAGUGCUCCAGCCCUCAGUCAAGGCCGUGGAACUCCUACUAUUGGAGAUAUGAAGCCAAUUUAUGAGGCUGAAAGUCCUGAUGAAAUUGCUCUUGUAGAAGCGGCAUACAGCUACAACUGUCGACUGGUGCGGAAAACUUCUCAUUAUGCGACAUUGUUUGUGCCAGGUGAAGGUCUGAUGGAAUUUGAACUUCUUCAACUUCUCCCAUUUGAUUCUGUGCGAAAAUGCAUGUCCAUUGUGAUUAGACAUCCUGUAACCCGGGAGAUAACAUUGUAUUCCAAAGGAGCUGAUUCCACCAUUCUAACCCUUUUGGCUCCUACUGAUGAUCCUGCUAUGAAGCACAUUAUAAUACGAACACAGCAACACCUGAACUCAUAUGCUAAGCAAGGCUUGCGUGUAUUGGUAAUGGCCAAGAGAAAUAUUUCUGAACAAUUUUACACCAGCUGGGCUCGCACAAAGUCGGAAGUAGAGAUGAUCAGUGACCACCGUGAGCGCGAACGGCGGACGCGUGAACUAUAUAACAGUAUGGAAAACUCCCUUGUUCUCUUAGGAGCAACUGGUAUUGAAGACAGACUUCAGGAGGGGGUUCCUGAAACAAUUGCGGCUCUCCUUAGUGCUGGAAUAGUUCUUUGGGUACUGACUGGUGACAAACCAGAAACGGCCAUCAAUGUAGCAUACUCUGCUAAACUGUUUUCUCCACAAAUGGAACUUCUCAAGAUAUCAGCUAGGUCCAAGGAAGCUGCAGAACGAACUAUUGCUUUUUAUCUUGCAGAGAUUGAAAGAGAUUCUCCAUCUGUGACCCCUUCUGUGAUGACUGGUGCUCCUACAGUUACUCGAAUGCGCGUGGGAGGUGCUGGUAUUAGACCCAAGCCUAAUGAACGAGUGGAUGGAGUUCCUCAACCUCAUACCAAUGCUCUGUCAAUGCCAACUAUGUCACAUUCAGCUGGAGUUCGGUUGAGCAGAAAGCGAGCUUUGGUUGUAGAUGGAAAGUCUUUAACGUACAUCUUGGAUAGGCGAUCAAAGCUACAAAAACCAUUCUUAGAACUAACAAGGCAUUGUUCGUCAGUUCUUUGCUGCCGUGCCACGCCUUUACAGAAGGCCUACAUUGUGAGGGUUGUGAAAGAACAACUUAAAAUGAGGACUUUAGCUGUUGGGGAUGGAGCCAAUGAUGUGUCAAUGAUUCAGACAGCAGAUAUUGGGAUUGGUAUCUCAGGUCAAGAAGGAACACAGGCUGUCAUGGCAUCUGACUUUGCUCUGUCUCGAUUCAAAUACUUAGAAAGGUUCUUACUUGUUCACGGGCAUUGGUGCUACCAUAGACUGGCUUCUAUGAUUCUCUACUUUUUCUACAAAAAUGCUACAUUUGUGUUUCUUAUAUUUUGGUAUCAACUUUACUGUGGAUACUCCGGCCAAAUUAUGCUUGAUGACAUGUUUUUAAUGUUGUUCAACUUAUUGUUUUCUUCACUUUCUCCUUUUGCGAUUGGUAUUUAUGAUCAGGAUGCACCAGAGGAAAUCCUAUUGGCUCAGCCCCACCUGUACAGACAAGGAAGAUUGGGGAGGGUUUACAAGCCCCAUUCAUUCUGGGUUACUAUGGCUGAUUGUCUGUAUCAGAGCUUAGUGGUUUUCUUUGUAGCAAGAGGGGCUUUUAAUGAUUCUGAUGUUGGACUUUGGCAGUUUGGCACAACUGUCACCACUUGUUGCAUGUUUAUCAUGCUGCUUCAAGCUGCCAUUGAAAUUCGUUCUUGGACUAUUAUUCAUCUUGCUGCGAUAAUACUAUCGUUGGUGAUUUACUUCGCUUUUAUGAUCAUCUAUAACUCCAUCAGACUCCCCUAUUUAGGCUAUUCUACAAGCUAUGGUGCAGUACUUCAUGCCUUUGCCUCUCCAGAGCAUUGGGGUGUUGUUGUGUUGUCUGUAGUGACAGCUCUACUGCCAAGAUUUGUGAUGCGUUGCUUGGAAACUCGACUGUUCCCCAAUGAUGUGACAAAGGCUCUAAUAGACUGGCGUCGGGCUCGUCGCCGAGGUGAGGAUAUGCUGGUUUCUUGGUCCAGGUCAACUUCAGCAUCGUCGGUGUUCAGAUCGACGGUAGAGCCAGUGAAGAAAUGUACGUAUGUAAAUCCCUUAACUACUGUUGGAUGACAUUUGGCCUCCAGUAAUGCUGAACACAACAUUGUUCCAUUACGAACUUUUACUCUCAAUAAUACGCUUACUCCAAUAGCGUGAAUGCCAAAAUAGAGUGCCUUCACCAGGUGCUAAGUGUUCUUGCAGAUACUUGAGCGCUCUUAUUUAUACUACUCUUUUACUGUACUAAAGGUUUACAAAGUAGGUUUGUGCUUUACACCUCUUUCAUGUAAAAGAAAAGUGUGACUGUAAAGAUAAUUGGUUUUAUUUUUGUUCAUUUAUUUUCUAAGAAAAGAUAAUUACUAUCAACUUAUUGACUGCUUUUAGGAUGAGACCACUUGCUAUUGGUGGUCCAUUCUCCACUUCAAUCUUGCCAUAAUCAUAAGCAUUGGGUAUGUAGAUUAGUGCUCUUGACUAAAUGAGUGUUCUAUUGCAAGGAUCUCAGGUUUGUGCAAUGAAAGAGCAUCUGCUGGUUUAUUUCAGUGAUUUUCGGCAUGGCUUCCUGCAUGCCUGUGUGAUAGUGUUCAGGACUAUUCCUCCUAUAUUUUGUAUGAUAACUUUUAAAUGAUUGACCAUGUGAUUAUGCAGUUCUACUUCUACCUCUUGUGUAAUUACUGAUUUAUUUUGGGCAUAAAGUAUAAGUUGAGGACACAAACUAAUGGCUGUGUAAUAGUGUAAUAAAUAUGCUUGCUGCUGCUUUCACCGUAGGCCAUCAGUUGGGAGGUGAAAGCAUAUCCGGCCAGCAUAUUUUCUGCACUUAUGAUUAGUGUAAUAAUUUAAACUCUAAUUAGUAUCUAAUUGUUCUGCUUAUUGCAUUGAAAAGUUGAUUAUUUGCUGGCCAUCAAUGCCUGACCAAAUAUUUUUAUGUAUCAGAGUCUUCUUGUAAAUGAUUUUGUUCCUGUAACAUUCCUUUUACUGACAAAAGAAAAGUUAUGCACAACUGAAAUAGAAAGUAAACAAACUCCUUUUUAUUUGUUUCAUGUUAUCUUUUUAGUCCUGUUCCUCAAACAGUCUACCUUUGAACAAAUGUAAAAGAUGAUGACUUAGUAGUGAGGCUCUUGUGAAGUUUAUGUGAUAGUUGGAUGGUUUCAUUAAUUAGAGCGCUUCAGAUAUUGUAGGUUGUAUGUUAUGUAGAAUGUCUAGAGGGUUAAUAAUCAUAUAAUAUACAAGGCUCUUAGACAUUUCAUUUAAUUGGUCUGUAUGAAAACAAUAUGUCACAUAUCAAGCUUGGUAUUGCCCUGUAUUAUCACUUUUUUAGUUCAGUUGGGAUACCCUUGUAAAGUUUAACUGCUUUCCUAAAACACUACAUGUAGGUAGAUUAUUUUACAAUUUUGUUAUUUUUGGUGCAAUGACUUCUUUAUCAAUUUAUAAGCAUAAUUUCAUUUUCAUGCCAUAUAUAGAUGUAUUUUUCUAGUUCAAAUGGCAAGUAUUGCCUCUUGCAAUAUGUGUGUUCUAUUGUGGUAAUUCUUCCAGUUGAUCUGUUAUCUUUGGAGUAUGUCCUGCAUAUUUAUUAUUGAACUUCUGUUGAUGUAGUUCUUAACCUUUUAAUGUGCUUUAUCAAGGCAGUACUCUCAACUUACUGUUGCCAGACACCUACCAAAGAGAAAGGUUUAAAAUAAUGUACGGUUCUGAAAUUGUGUGACCUAGUGUCGUUAAUGUAGGAAAUCAGAAGUGUGUAUUCUUAAAAUUAUUUUUUAUCAAAUCAAAAACAUGUUCAGUAUGCUAAUUCUUAUUAUAAAAGACAAUGUGCUUCAGGACACCUUACAGAAGUGCCAUUCAAUCUUAGUGUGUAAAAUAUGGAAUCAAUUUUAUCUGUAUGUGUUGUACAAUAUGUGAUUUAACACUGAUUAACUUUUUGCAGGAUAUCUGAGAAAGUUUUGUGUAGGUGAUCUUUGGUAAAAAAAAAAUCCUCAAAAUUGGUCUCCUGUUCAUCCUGUAGCUAUUCCCCAAAACAGGGACCACUUUUUAUCUGUUGUUUUAAGGCUGAGAAUUGUGUUGUGGAAUAUAGAUUCUAACUAUGUUGUUUUAGUAAAAUAUUUAUUGGAGAGAUAGGAAAAAGGGCUUAUACUGAAUGAAGACAUGACCAAGUUAUAUAUACCUGGUCGUAAUUACUUUAAUUUUGAGUCUUGAUCUAAUUACAUGAAAACUUUGAAUAAUUUAUGUCCAUAAUUGUGAAAGAAUUCCACUCUGAGCUGUCAAUUAGUAUCACCAUGUGCUGGCACAGUGUAUGUUUGUUUGUCAAUCAGUUUAGUGCCCUUUAAGUUGUAUUGUAUUUCUUAACAACAAAGUCAGUAUACUGUCUGAACAUUCUCCUGCCUCAAAUUCUUUUUGUUUGCUUUCUAAAACUAUAAAUUGUUAUAUUUCUAGAAUACAUUUUUGUAUUUCAUCUGUUUUAUCUGGUCCUGUGCCCUUCAUUUACGCUUGUAUUGAAAACUUGAGGUAUCGUUUGAUUGCCUUUCUCAUUCAUAAGAGAUCAUUUGGAUUAUCUUUUGUUUUUCAUGAUCUAGUAUAAUGUGGUAUGAUGAUUAAUUGGUGCAUACUUUAUCAACAAAUUAUGCUAAUAAUUGGUAUUGUGGGACCAUUGGGACCAAUUAUCAAUUUUUAUGUCAUGACUGUCAAUGUCACUGUACUCACUGUCAAGUUCUGUAUAUACAGUCUAAUGAAAAGGAUAUAUUUAUACUACCUCUUCAGACAUUACUCUUCAAAUUUUGCAUUAUGAUAUCUUCAAAGAAUCAAUGUGACAAUCUGUUAGUUCAAGUUGGACAUCUCUUGUUUUGUCCCGUAUAAAUCCUGGCAUUUGAAGCAGUACUAUCAAUUGGUAUUUGCGAAGGUAUUCAAUAAAAUGACUCUGAAGGUGA